AUUUCUUGUAGUAUACAGAGGGGAUGCGGCAGGUAUGCGGUGUAGAGCAGUAGCUAAAGGGCUUUCACGUGGAUCCAUGGCUGGGAUCAGCGUUGAGUUAUUGCUGGUGGCCUUGAGUGGGACUCUGCUGCUGGUUUCAGUCCGGGGAUGGGAGCCGAUUAACGAAACUCAGUUUAUUCGUUUAUAUGAGACGGGGCUGUGGAGUAAACCACAAGUCGUUACACCGCCAGGUGACAGCAGUGACUAUGAUGACGGUCAAGAUCCAGUUACUGAGGAUGCCAUUCCUGAUGUUGAAGGUGCUGCCACCAGUGAUGACUUCAACGCUUUUGCUAACCAUGGAUUCCAAGUGGAUGCAGGGGACUCUGGUCCAAGAAACUGGGCCAGUGGUCCUGAUGGUGGAUUCCAUAUAGAAUUUGUAGAUGCCCCUCCAAGGAGCUGGGCCAGCAGAACCAGUCAAAGUUCUUCUGAGCUAAAUGUGGUUUGCAGUGAAGUUGACUUCCAAAUAACUCUGCCAAAAGGUCAAUUAAGUGAAGUCAAAGCUUUGGGUUCAUCGGAUCUGCUGUCUGUCAUUGAUGCACCAGCGUCUUGUGGUUAUGAGAUCAAUACCUUGCAGAACACACUGACUAUACCUUUCACAGGGUGCAAAGUGAAAUUUGAAGCCAAGUGUAAUACUUAUGUCUACAGCGUGCGGUUGUUGUACGUCGAUGAGUUUGGAGAGACAAAAGUUUCUACCGCAUCUUGUGAUGCAAAGAAAGAGAAGUCUGACCUUGGCCUGUUCCCUCGCUCCAGUGUCCAACCCACAUCAAAGUGCGCGAACCCGACUACUGCACCACCACCAUCCAAGGCACAAAAUUGUGCUGUAAUCACGGGGGAGCGGGUGCCUUGUGGUACAUCAGGAAUGUCUUCCACAGACUGUGAGAAGAUGGGAUGCUGUGUGGAUUCUACUACAUCUGCCUGCUACUACCCACUGGAUGAGUGCACUGGAGAUCAGCACUUUGUCUUUGCCAUUCGCUACAACUCCGCAUCCAUCCCUGUGGACCCCAUGAAGCUUGUUAUUCCUGGGAGUCCAAACUGUAAACCAGUCAUUGUUAAUGACAAGGUUGCCAUCUUUAAGUUCAAAGUUACAGAAUGUGGAACUCGUACUUAUGAAAUCGGUGAGACAAAGAUAUACCUGGCUGAAGUUCAGACUGUUGUCCAAGCUCUGAACCUCAAAUAUGGUAUAAUUACAAGGAGUGAUCCACUCAGGUUCUUGGUUGAAUGCCGCUACAGCAAAUCAGGCAGCGCUCAGCAGUCAUUGGCCAGUGUUGGCUACAUGGUCAAGAUCCCACCUGACGGCUUGCCAUCAGAAGUCAGUACCAGUGGCUUAUAUGGUGUUCAGUUGAGAAUUGCGAAAGAUCAGACGUAUUCAAGCUACUUGCCCAUUAACAAUCAGCCCUUGCGACUGCUCCUUGGCAAGCCAGUGUAUCUUGAACUGAGUCUGAAGUCUCCAAAGCCAGAUGCAGUAAUUCUUGUUAACUACUGUAUAGCUUACCCUCGCUCUGCAAAGAAUGCUCUGGUGCUUGUUUAUGAAGGAUGUGGCAACCCAUAUGAUCCAAGUAUGUCCAUCCUUCAAGUGAGUGGCCUUCCCCAAAAUCGUCACCAGAGGCGCUUUGUUGUUAAGGCCUUCCAGUUCAUGGAUCAGAAGACAAACAUGUACCUCAAUGAAGAAAUCUAUUUCAUGUGUUCUUCAGAAGUUUGUAGGCCAGCAGAAAAGGAAUGUGUAGAACGGUGCUUUGAUGGAAAGGCACCAUAAGGAUUUUCAGCUGAAGACUUAUGAAAAAGAUGAGCUGAAAAUAAAGGAACAUUUUAACACA